UUGAGGAGAAACGUGAAGCGCAUGCGCCAUCUGAAGGUUUUGCGCUGCGCAUCCAUGCUGCAGUGUGCUAGUUUGUAAGAGGAGGCGACUGAAGCAGGUGAGAGAGAGAGAGGGAGAGAGAGAGAGGGAGAGGGAGAGAGAGAGAGAAAAGCAGAGAGGGAGGGAUAGUCGGCGAUACUUUUCUGCACUUCAACACACACAGACACACAGACGGUGUGGGAGGAAGACAGACUCCGAGUCUCAGCAAAGCCGCUGUUGUUCACACGCUGUGCUCUUUUCCUCCCCCUGGCACCGGGCGCGCUCGCCAAGCCGCACUGUUUGGAGAUAGUCCGCGCGGAAAGUUUUUUGGAGCAUACUGUCUGGAGCCGAUUAAUUGUUGCAUCUGUUUUUUUUUUCGAGGCGGAUGACUUACUUUUUUGCAUGUGAAGACUUUUAACUCGGGCUGAGGAAUUGUCAGAGUCGCUUUUGCACAGAAAUGGAAGGUAAAUUGACAAGUCGUUUGUGGCGAGGAUCACCGUGUGGAUCUUUCCGCAGCCCGCUGCUUCCUACCAGCCAUCUGUUUGGCGCACGGAGCGCAUUCACUGAUUAUUGGGCGUCCGUGUUCACCAAAACACCAAAACCUGAAGAACUCUCAGCUGUAGCAUUACACUUUCUUCACCCCGACCAAGCACUUUCCAGCAGAUCCGGAUAAAACGGCGAGACUUGUCUUCACUACAGUGGAAAAGGAAAUCUUAAAUCCACCUGGCCUGCACUGGGAUUAUUGGUUUGAUAUCGUCUGCAGAAAGUGGAUUACAACUUCUAACGGACUGUGCUCCCUGAUCAGCAGCAGUAUGAACCUUGGACUGGGCUGUGUGUGUCGGCCGGUGUGCUGGCCCUUUGGCAGCGUGUUGGACUCCAGACACUGCGUCUUUGCCCUCACACUCCUCACACUCCUCAUGCAGGUGGUGGUGGAGGCCAAUUCAUGGUGGUCUCUGGCCAUGAACCCUUUGCUGAUCCCUGAGGCCUACAUCAUUGGUGCCCAGCCUCUGUGCAGCCAGCUGGUGGGCCUGUCGCAGGGCCAGAAGAAGCUGUGCCAGCUCUACCAGGACCACAUGCAGUACAUUGGCGAAGGUGCCAAAACAGGCAUCAGAGAGUGCCAGUACCAGUUCAGACAUCGACGCUGGAACUGCAGCACAGUGGACAACUCCUCUGUUUUUGGACGGGUCAUGCAAAUAGGCAGUCGAGAAACGGCAUUCACUUAUGCCAUCAGCGCAGCAGGGGUGGUGAAUGCAGUGAGCCGUGCCUGCAGAGAGGGGGAGCUGUCCAGCUGUGGGUGCAGCCGUGCAGCUCGCCCCAAAGAUCUGCCACGAGACUGGCUGUGGGGCGGCUGUGGAGACAACCUCAACUACGGCUACAGGUUCUCCAAGGAGUUUGUGGAUGCUCGCGAAAGGGAGAAGAGCUUCCCCAAAGGCUCGUCUGACAGCGCCCGACUGCUGAUGAAUCUUCACAAUAACGAGGCUGGAAGAAGGACGGUGUCAGACCUUGCCCACGUGUCCUGCAAGUGCCACGGAGUAUCAGGCUCAUGCAGCCUUAAGACCUGCUGGCUACAGCUGGCUGACUUCCGCAAGGUUGGCGAUGCACUGAAGGAGAAGUACGACAGCGCAGCAGCCAUGAAGCUUAACACCCGCGGAAAGCUGGUGCAGAUUCACAGCAAGUUCAACGCUCCCACGAGCCACGACCUGGUGUACAUCGAGUCCAGUCCUGACUACUGCCUGAAGAACCAAAGCACAGGCUCCCUGGGCACAGUGGGGCGCCUUUGCAACAAGACCUCAGAAGGCAUGGAUGGGUGCGAGCUGAUGUGCUGCGGCCGUGGUUACGACCAGUUCAAGGCCCAGAUAGUGGAGCGCUGCCACUGCAAGUUCCACUGGUGCUGCUACGUCAAGUGCAAGCGCUGCACCAAAAUCGUAGACCAAUUCGUCUGCAAGUGAGAAGAGGAGUGUCGCCUGUGUGUGUUUGCUUGCAGACGAUGGGCAUACAUCUGUGUGUAUUCAUGAGCGGAGGAGCAAAGGAGUUGAACACAGAGAGAGAAUGGAAGAAAGAAACUAUAUAAAUUAUAUUUAUAGAGUUAAACAAUUAUGCCAUUGCAAAAAGACUGACUCUUUUUUUUUUUUUUUUUUCAAAAAAAAAAAUCUUAUGUCUUCAGAAACUGAGAGUAUCGUGAAAUAUUUAUUUUGAGAUUGUUAUGAUUUAUUUUGGCCCAGUCAUCACUAGCUGAUUUUAACCCCUUCAAGUGCCUAAAACUGGCUGGAAAUCUUCCACCACCCCUCACAACCCUCACUCUUUUUUUUUUUUUUUUUUAAUUCCAGAAAAUGUUCUUGUCAGAUGGGUCACACUGAUUGUAAAAUUGGACUGUGCUUCCCAUUUCCUAACAAGAGUAGAGUUUGCUAUUUGAGGCAUAAUCAACAAAGCGGUCCUGGUUUGUUGUUUGGGUACGACUGUGUUGAGAGGAGAAUGCCUGUGUGCCGUAGUGUACGGAUGUGUUUUCAUGGGCCCAGUCCCAAACCAGCCUUCACAUCCUCACCAAAGUCUGCUUGUCCCCUCUCACCACAUAUAAAGUGAGGAACACUGUCGGUUCGUACAAGUCCUUGGUGUACAAUGGGUACAAUAAGAAGGCUGUUUUGGGGAUUGGGCCAUUUAUUAAGCUGUCCCAGAAGCCUUAGAGUUCCCCAGGUGCUGCAACAAGCCCUCCACCAUUAUGCACUUUGAUACAGAGGCUUAAACCUGUCUGUAUGUGUCUGUUCAGCUGUUUUUUACUACAGUGCAUCGGCAAAUAUAUCAAUAUUAUAGCCUACAUUGUUUUCAAUAUUAAUUCAGAUUAUCCAUUUAACAUUAUUCUACAAUACUUAACAUGGUUUAAAUAUAUAUGGGCAAUGUUGUGGUUACAGUGGUGAAAUACUCCAUGUUGUGUGUAUAUAGUAUGUCUAUCCAACCAAUCAGUAAACUGUAUUUAUUUUCUUUAUCCAGAUCCUCCUUUGAGCUUAAAACAGAAAAGCAUCAUCUCCACCAUAGAUCAAUAUUAAGUCGGACAUUCCCAAGUUUUGAAGUCACUUUUUAAAAAAUUUGUUCUCACUAAUGCGGCUCUUCACUGUGUUUGUAAAGGGAAAUGCACCUUAUUGUUUCGAGAAACACAAAUUCUUUCUUCUCACUCAUGUUCAGCUUUACUGUUACACACUUGUAUAUCACAGAUGUUCAGAUUUUUAGCAUCGCCAAAGAUUUCCAAUACCACUCAGUUAACUGCUCACUAUCCCUGUGAUGAUUCUCAAUAGACAAAACUAUUUCUACCAAUCCAACUAUGUAUAUUUAUAAGCUUCUCCAUGAAUUUGAGGUUUGUUAAACUUGUGUUAUAGCUGAUAUUUUGUUACUUUUUACAAAUUGGCUCAAUGCUCUACUUUGUUUCAAUAAAUAUCAAAUGUAAAACCA